GGGUGUCUCCCCUCUGACUCCCAGCUGGGUGUGGGAAGGUGUCUCCCCUCCUCUCCUGGCUGGGGGUGGAAAGGUGCUCUCUUCUACAGUCCCAGUGACUGCUCAUUAACACAUUAGCUGUAGACUGGAUGUGCUCUUAGGUCACACUGACAGCACCAGUCAGACCAGAGACUGCCCUCCCAGCUGACAGAAAGAUGCUAGUAAAAUUUUUAUUACUGAAGGAUUUUCACAACUGAACCAUCAAGAGGAAUGGGGAGCUUACCCAGCAAAAGAGGAUAUUCAGCUAUUCAGACAUCCAUGGCCAACACCCAAGGAAAUCACGCUGUGGACAAGUGCGUAUUUGUGGCUCUGUACAACUUCCCAGUCGGUGGUCAGGCUGAUGUAAGCGUAAGAACCGGAGAGCAGCUGCACAUCCUUUCUGAGGAUGGGGACUGGUGGAAAGUUAUGUCUGUCACUUCUGGACGAGAAUGCUAUAUGCCGAGAAGUUAUAUUGUCAAAGUUUACAACAGGUGGCUAUAUAAAGGUAUAAAUCGGAUGAAAGCAGAAGAGUUGCUUAUGAUGAACUGCAACCAAACUGGUUCCUUCUUGAUUCGAGAAAGUGAAACUAGAAGAGGAUGUUACAGUUUGUCGGUGAGGAGAACGAAUCAAGCUAUGAGGGACUCCAUCAAGCAUUAUCGUAUCAAUCACUUAGAUAAUGGAUGGUUUUAUAUUUCUCCUCGUCUGACCUUUCCCACUCUCCGGGAUAUGGUGGACUACUACUCUGAAAUCUCAGAUGGAAUUUGCUGCAUCUUAAAGGAGCCAUGUAUUGUACAACGAUUCACCCCUCCUGUGGUCCUAAAUUCUGCACCAGUCAUUGUAAGGAGGCCAACACUUAACUGGAAAGAUCUUGAUAGCUCCACACUAUUUAAUGAAGAUGAAAGUUUGAAUGAAGAAUGUCCUGUCAGCCUGGGUCUGCGGGAGGCCGUAAGUUCUUACAUGUAUAUGACAGAAGACAUGGACUCAAAGGCCGCACUGGAGAGAGAGCGUCUAUGGAAAACAUAAGGAAGAUUUGUUUACAAAAAAAAAAAAGACAACACUUCGGCAAGCCAUUUCUUUGAUUGGGAAAUGACACUUUGAAUUUUCAAAAUAAGGUUUCAAGACUUUAAUGCAGUAUUCAUUUCAGCAAGAAAUUGCCGGCCAAUAUUUCCUGACAUGUGCUGCCAAAGACUUCUAUAUUUAUUGCAGCUGUGCUGCUUUGCCUAUUAUUUUUUCAGUUUUAAAGAAAAUUACCUAUUGUUUAUUUCGUUUUUGUUGAAAACUGUAUAAUCUUUUUC